AUGGAGAGAGCAAUUGAAUCUUCAAGGUAUGAAAUAGGCAGCAAUCAGUCAAAUCCAGAAUUUUUUUGAAAACUAUAUUAUAAGAUAAGGUUCGGACAUGAGCUUGACGAAAUUUAUAAAACCACAACGAAACCAGUAACUGUAGACAAGGAAUUGAGAGUGAUAUUGAAAGAUUUCAGCGUUGAAAUAGGCUGGGAUAUAGAAGAAAGUCAUGAGUAUUUUACUCAAAGGCUGAAUCCUCACGAUUUUCGAGACUUUUUAAACUUAUACGAUGUAAGCUUGGACGCCUUAAAAAGGAGGCUUGGCAAUUACCUAUUAGAAAAAAUUUAUGAGAUAGAAGGAAACGAAAAUACAGAAAUCAGCGACUUUUUGCAUGCAAUCUGGGACAAAGAAAACCCAGAAGAAUUGAUAGACUUGCGGUCAAGAAGAAGUCUUAUAAAGCCAGUUGAAGACAUUAAAAAAGAAGAAAAUGACGUUGAGUCAUACAAAAAUAAAAAAAAUCAGUCGCCAGAGCAGACUAUUAGGUCAAAUGAAAAAGACAUGAAAAAUCAGUCACCUGAACAAAGCAUAAGGUCAAAGGAUAAGGAAGGAAGUCCAAGGAAAAAAGAAGGAAAAGCUGGGCUGACAGAUGAAAGUGUUAAGCAGCUAAAAGAAGAUAUUGAGUCUGCAGUUUCGAGUAUCAAAAAAAUUGAUAGUGAGUUUGCAAGCUUUAUGACGGAAAAACAGAAUAUUUCGGUGAAGAAACGAAAAGGUAGUGAUAGCUCUGAAGAUUCUUCAAAUAAAAGUGAAGCAGAAAAGAAGUUUGCUGAAGCUAGUUUUAGAUCGAAAGUAAAGGACUCUUCAGAAUCGGAAAGGGAAAGUGCUAAAAGAAAGCCGCCAGCAGGUAAUCAAGAUAAUAUGAAAAUAAGAAAAGUACAGAAAGAAGAUUCACAAUCAAUAAUCAGACGAUCGACUGAGCCUAAAAGAGAAGAAUCCCCAUCUUUUCAAAAAGAAGCCAAUAAGCUAGCAAAAGCAUCAUCUAUUAAUAAAAUUCUCACGAAGCAAAAUGAAUCAUUCACAAAAGAUAGCUCCAAAAAAGAACAAGGAACUAGGCAUGUAAAGACUCCAAGUCUCCUUAUGAUUUAUCAAGAAACAAAAGAUCCUCAAGACGAAAGCGUUUACGAUAGACAAGCCAACGUUUUAAGAUCUACUGAAAUUUAUCCAGUCUAUAGCGACUUAGUGUUAAAAGAUACAUGGCUCACAAAGCUCCUAGAGCCUCUUACUCAAGAAAUUGAAGAAAUUUUUUACUCCUACGACCACAAAGAGGAAAAACAAGUUGAUGUUCGCCAGCUUAGGCUAUCAAAGCUCAUUCCAGGUCAAGGUUUUACCUCGGAGGAAAAUGGGACCCCCAGCAACGCCAAUGAGGUUCCCCCCUGAUCAAUUGAGAUCAUUCUUUAGUGCAAUAUCAGGUGUUGUGUCCUAGACUACGAGUUUCCAUCGUGGCCAACAUGUGACCAGAAAAUUCGAUUUUCAAAUUUUCUGGAAGCCGAACCCGUUAAUGUGUGGCACAGUGACAUAUCCCGCUCUACUCUCUAUUCAACGCGAGUCUCAGGCAGGCAGAAAGUAUCCAACCCUUGAUGGGCGGCGAAUGGCCCAACGAAGCAAGGCAGAGAUAAAUACCCCGUUCGGGUAUCACAGAAAGCUUUUUUCUAUAAUCUCAACUAAGAACUAACUAAGACGUUCGUCAGCUGAAAAAUGUUUUCAGGGAAAUCAUAGCAAUUGCUCAUGUUGAAAUUUCUGAAAACAACUACGAAGAUUUUGAUAAACUAGUCAACCAAGAAUUUAUGUCAAGUAUAAAUCACAGCUCAUUAAGUAAUAUGCAAACAAAUAAAGCAAACUUCAGCCAGUUUAUGAAAAUUUUGCAGAAAUGGUCUUUAAGAAAUGAGCCUGAAGCAAAUGAUUUAGUAGGAAAAAUAAAAAGAGCAAUUAAAGAGUAUGAAAAUAUUGUUAAUACAUAUGGAGGAUCAAGUGAAGAUACUACUCCUGUAGAAACUUUAAUUCAAGAGCUUAAAAAAGAGCUUGAAGCUCAUGUAGCUAUAAAAGAAGAAAAAUCUGCUAACUCCCCCCUGAGAGUGAACAAAAAAAAAUUUUGUUCGCUCACUGAGGAGGUUAAUUUUUUUUUAAAAAAAAAUUUAUAUAUAAAUUUUAUAAAAUCCUAAUUCGCAAAAAUUGGGAAAGCAAACAUUAAUUUAAUUUAUAAAAUUUAUUUUUUAAAAUGCAAAUUUGUUUAAAAUUAAACAGAAUUAGCUCGAGAUUUCAUUAUACUAAUUAUCAUUUAUAUCUAAAAUUUUUUUCUAUAAAAAAAUUUUUGUUCGAUCACGGAGGGUGGCUUUUGGGCAAAAAAUAGGAAUUUUUCUAAUGGUUUUGCUCACUCAUAGAGGGUGGGGGAGUAAGCAAAUCGCUGAUGAACAAAGGAAAAAUAUUACUGAAUUAUUCCAGUUUUAUUCAAAAAUACAGAAUAUGAUGGGUCAAGCACCUACAUUUGAAGAAAUCAAUGAGAGUUAUACAGUGUGAACUGUCGUCAAAUUUUUUAAAUUUUUGACGGAUUUUAAUGUUAUAGGGAAACAAGAAGAAAGAAUAAGGCUUUUAAGCAAAGAUCAAGCACAGCAAAUUUUCAAAAAGCUAGCAAAUAAUUCUAGGCUGCUGAUUCCCCUGUUAAUAAUAAGCAAAAUUAUUGGAGAAAUGCUAUUUUUAGUAAUAUUAAAACUUUUUAAGAGCCAAUUUUUUUUUUAAUAUUAUUAAAUAUAUUGUGCAUUAGCACAAGUACGGGCCAUACACAUGACCAGCUUCGUGUCCCAGAUUUGGGCAAAUACGGAACUGUUUAUCAGUAUGACCUGUGUGCUUGUACCCAAAAAGAGCCCAUGCAUAAUAAUUAAUAAUUGUUAUAAUCUAGCAAGCUCUAGACAGCUUGCGUUCUUAAGCUUAGAUUUUAUAAAUUAAAUCAUAUUUUCUUUACAAGUAUUUGCGUACUUGUAUUUAUUUUAAAACUCCAAAAAGGCUGAUAUAAAUAAUUUUUAAUAUAAAAUUUAAAUUAGCUCUCUUUAAAGAGCAAGCAUAUUUUUCUCGUUCCUUAAAAAGAAGGAGUGAGCGAAAACCAGUUUAUUGAUGCGCUAGAUAAGCUUGCUGAUCUGUAUUAUAAUAAUGAAUACGAUACAAUUUAUAACACUUCAUAUGCGAGUUUAACAAUACCUGAAAAAAGGAUACUUUUUUACAAGUUUUUAGAGCUCAGCAAUAAAAAUGCCUUAUUAAAGAAAGCUAAAGGUUUUCGACUAGCAUUCAGCAAUGAAAGAGGCGGCGCUCGAAUCCCAGAAAACGAUGCCAGCAAACACUACGUUUUCAAAAUGUCCGCUGAAAAGAAAAAACAACUCGAAGAGUGGCGAAAAGAAAAGCAAUCAAAGUCAGCUCCUCAAUCAAAUAUAAAACUGAGGCCUGAACCUCAAAAAAAUAUCAAUGAAAUUAAAGUGACAAUGCCCACUUCAGGAUAUGCAAAAAGAAGAAAGGCUAAAAAAAUUGUCAAUGGAGAAGAAUCCAUGAUAAAAGCUGAAGAAGAAGAAGAAACUGUGAUCCAGCAGCCAAAAAUCCCACAACAACAAGUUUUGACGCUGCAAGGAAUCAAUGGGAUGGAUUAUAGGGAAUUUGAUGAAGAUGGAGACCUAAAAGAUUUGAUUACAGAAGAUAAUGACGAAUAUUUAGAUCAGAUGUGGGGAAUUACCAAAAAAGAGUCACAGCCAAAAAUACAGGAAGAUAUAAAACGAUUCCAAGGAAUUAUGAAGAUGCAUGAUGAAAAGAUCGCUAAAUCUCUUUAAGUGCAAGAAAGACUGCUUGAAAAAAAAAAUCCUUUGAGAGCAAGCUUAAAAAAUAUUGAAUAUAACAUAUUUUAUUUGUAAUAUAUUUUUAUAUAUAAUUAAUAAUUCUUAUAGUGAGAUCCCUAGAUAAUUCUAUUGAAUUUUAAAAAAUCACGUUCUUAAAUAUAAAUUUUAUAAUAAAAUUUGAUUUUUCUUUUCAACUUUUAUAAAACAAUUUUUUUUUAUAUAGAAUUUAAUAUAAAAUUUUUAAAAAUAACUCCAUAUAUCAUUAGCAAAAUUUCCACUACUCUUAAAAGGAGAAAAGUAAGGGCAUGAAAGUGCUAGAAAAAGCAAGGCAUGGAUAUGGAUAUGCUGCAAGAUAA